AUGCAGGCAACACCAAACAGGACCAGCAAAAUUCCUCGACGGGGGACAAUGUCACCCCGUGUCAGCCAAGGAAGCAAAAGCCCUACGGGCAGUGGGAGCCCCCAAGAGAACGGAAGCCCUCAAUUACCGGUCGAAGAUCUAGCAUCUACAUCUAUCCAUGAUGAAGCCCCAUUUGCUUCUAGGUUGACACAAGGGCUGGAGGACUGCAAUUGGGAACAACUCCAGGGGAAAUAUGCCGAUGCAAUGGACGAACACGGCCGAGUAGAAGAGAACAUUCGUGUUGAAACAGCCAAGCUUCUUGAAGCUUUCAUGGCAUGGUCUCAAACUACUGUUUCGCAAGAUGAGAACAGGGCUUUGAAAAGGUUCAAAACCCAAAUGCAGCACGUUCAAAAUUCCGAAGUCAAUGUGGAAAACAAAAAGAAGCAUUAUGAGGAAGUAGUAAAGGCUUUCCAAAAUGCACUUGCCUUGCUAAACGAUCAAAUGAAGAUUUGA